CGGAAAAACAACAAGAUGACAUUGUUCAGAAAAUCUAUGACCAUAUCGCCGUUUCGUUCAUUUGCGGCCGCCUUAACGCACAGGAGAAUAUGGGGGUCAAAGACAUCAUGGACAGAAUCAACGACAACGAUCUGACGCAAGCGGCGCGCAAGUUGGAGGAGGUUUUUAGUCUUCAAGAAUCUUUAACUCAUCAUGGUGACCCCGCAUUGUCACAAUCAUCAUCAGCAUCAUCAGCAUCACCACCUCCAGCUCCAGUUCAACAAUCACGACCAACAGCUGCAUCAGACUCAGACUCACCAGACACCGACGACGACAACCCACCACCACUCUGCCCCACCUGCCUUAACCUCAACUACUCCCUCUUCCGCCCCUUCGAUUCACACCCACCCAUCCUCAACUCCUACUCCCUUUCCGCGUCCGCGUCUCAUAACCAUUUCCCAUCCAGUGUCUCUACCGCCCUCCCGCCUCGCUACCUCUUAAUUGAAUACCAAGACCUUCUCCAGACUUCUACUUCCACUUCUACCCCCAAUUCCAAUUCCAACAGCAACGACAACGGCAACGGCAACACCCCAACAUGCCCUUACUGCCCCCUCCUCCACAAAGCCAUCACUUUAUUCUGGGACGAUGAUCCAAGCUCUUAUUACAGGUAUAAAGCGCCGGUGGCUGACGCACGCUCUUUCCGGCGGAUAUUGUGUCUUACGCAGCAGCCUGCUGUUACUUCUGGUUCUGUUUUUGGUGAUGGUUUUGGUGAUGGUGAUGAGGGAACAGGAGCAAAGGGAGGGGAAACAGGAGGGGGAGGAGGGACGCUCAGCCUCUUCAAAGCGCUGUUGUACGACGAUUAUCCCGAUGCGACGUUCCCUCAUGCUUUGACGGUACGGGAUUCGACAAGUAGGAUUGAGUUUUAUCAUUAUCCUUGGGAUUUGGUUGAUUUGAAAAGGGGGGAAGAGGAGGGGAAAGAGGGAAAACAGGCGCCGGAGAAGGACGUGGAGGAAGGUGAAGGGAUAUCUGCGGAUGAGGUCGAAAAUGGCAGGAUGACUGAAGAGUUGAACAAAUCGACACGAUCAGAAGAAAUGAGGCAGGAGAACAGGGAAACCGAAAGGGGAGGGGAUGAUAAAAAAGAAAAAGACGGAAAGGAUCGCGGAGACGCAAAGAACGAAGGAAACCAGCACUGGACCUCCCUCCCCCAUCCAGCCAUCGGCUUCGCCAACCACGUCCCCUACGCCAUCACCCUCAACCGCGUCGUCCGCCUCGCCACCCGCUGGCUUUCCGCCUGCGACUCCUCGCACCCCAAAUGCGCUCCCGAGCCACACCAACUCCCCAAACGCCUCCUUGACCUCCGCGGCGGCGUAAAGCUCAUCGACACCACCACUUCCCCAUCUCCCAAGCCGCCCACGUACAUGACCCUCUCCCACUGCUGGGGCCUCACCCCACCCCUCCUCACCACCACCACCACCACCCUCGACUCCCACCUCUCGCAAAUCCCUUGGUCCUCCCUCCCCAUCUUAUUCCGCGACGCCAUCCUUCUAGUCAGGGAACUAGGCUGCCGAUACCUCUGGAUCGACAGUCUCUGCAUCUUGCAGGACUCUGAGUCAGACUGGCUUACUGAAAGCGCAAACAUGUCCUCCAUUUACGCGCACGCUACACUCAACAUAGCCGCCACUGCGCAACGGGAUGCGUCUGUGAGUUUGUUUAGACAGCGGUUUCACGGACAAGGGUUUCGCGAGCUUAGAGUAUCUGCUGCGGGACGCAGUGCGGCGGGACUGGGGUUAAGGGCGCCGAUGGAUACGGUUGAGAUUGGGAGUUUGCCUUUGUCUUUGUCUUUGUCUCUGAAAGAUGGGGAAAGCGGGAGGGAAAGGGUGCAGGUGCCGGUGUAUGCAAGAAUAGGACAUGAAAGAAGUCAUGAAACGUUAUUUGGGGAGGUGGAGUACUUCCGGACGCUGAAGGAGCCGAUACUUGGCAGGGCGUGGGUUUUUCAGGAGCGGUUGCUGAGUAGACGGACGUUGCAUUUUGGGAGUAGCGAGGUGUUGUGGGAGUGUAGGAGCGGGUGUUUCUGUGAAUGUGGGGGGAUUGAGAGGGGUCAUGUGUUGAGUGUGCGGAAUCUGAAUAAUAAUCCUGCUGCUAGUUGGCGGGCGCCGGGGACGGGGACGGGGACGGGGACGGGGAGUGGCAACAACGACAGAGGUGGAAGGGAUAAUAUGGAGUCUUCGGGACUGUUGAGUCCGCCGUUACCGCUGUCGAGGUCGUCGACUUUUGAGACGGCGGGAUCAUCAUCGCUGAGUCAUGGGACGAUACCGAGGAAGGUGCUGUUUGCUAACCUUACUUCUGGUUCAAAUUCACGGCCGGGACAGAUGAAGGAUAGUAGCAGUAGCCGGCUUCUGCAUGACUUUUUCCUGCGUUGUGUGGAAGAGUACUCUUUCCUUUGCCUGACUAAAGAACACGACCGCUCUUUUGCGCUGGCUGGCAUCGCGAAACGGAUCCGCUCCCUUCUCUCACCUGACGAUCGAUACCUCGCCGGUCUCUGGCUGCACGAUUUGCCGAGGGCGCUGCUGUGGCAACCCUACCGCCACAAGAAAGUGUGUCGAGCGGGUGGUAACAUCCCUACUUGGUCAUGGAUGUCACGGUCAUGCUACCCGGUGGAAAAUCUACAAGCAGAACCCGGAAAGAGAAAGGGGAACCCAUCGGCGAGCAAGUGUUCGGUACGGUAUAAGCACAUCACACGCUCGGGGUACGAAUUCGAGCUCGAUGACCGACUGCAGGUGGACACCGAUCCGGCGAAAACAUGGUGUGAGUUUGAAGGAGACAAUGAGUUUGGAAAGUUGAAGGGAGGGCAAAUUACGUUGACGGCAGCGCAUAGAUGGGGAGUAGUAUGGACGACGGGGAACAAACGAAGCAGCAACGAGUGGACGGGGAGGAAUAAUUUGGUGGUUGCUCUUCAGGGCAAUGAAGAGGGUAGUGGUGAUGGCGAGGAAGGGGUGCUGUUGAUACCCAUGGCACCGGAUUGUCCGAGACAAGAAGACCCAAAGAGUGUGGCCCUUUUGGAAAAGGUGUUGGUGGUGUUGUUUGGGGGAAGGAAGCUAGACAAGGAAACGGGAGGGGAUGUGGAUGGGCCGCAGUUCUUUUUGGCGUUGAAGGAAGUGGAAGGAAGGGAAGGUGUCUUUCAGCGAGUUGGGUUCUUGGAGUCGGAGUCGAGGAUUGACCUGUUUGAGAAUGCCGAGGUGAGGACAAUCACCUUGGUUUGACCGAGAUGAGGAAGCAGUGUUCAGACUAUAGACAUUUACUAGACAGUGUCUGAGAAGCUCUUAACCCCGAUGGCCAGCGGUUGUGCAGGCGCUGCUUAACGCCGAAAGGGUUGGCGAGAAGUGC